AGUGAGGCCUGUUACUGACGUUAAUAAUGGAAAGUGUGAAGCUAAAAAUAAUAAGGAAGAAUCUGGUAACAGCAGAUGAAUGCGCGAUUUCGUAUUGAGCAGCCUUUAACUGUAUAGGUGUGUUGAAGUUGGAUGCAGUAAACAACACGAAUGAAUAAACAGCGCAUGACUUCAUCUUAGCGGUAGCCAUGGUGAUUUGCUGAAAAUAAGUCUGAAAAUCAUGUGACUGGACGUUAUGUAUAGAGGACGCUGCAGGCCGACUCUGUCUAAGUAACUAACGGCAGUUGUUGGGAGAAGCUCGUCUGUGGCAGAGCGUACCGCACUUCAUGAUAACUUCGCACGUGCCAUGGACACGUGGAAUCCAAAGGCACGGCCUUUUAUCCUCAGGCGUCAAACGUCCGUGUUUUUUAUGUCAAAGCAUUAUUGGCGUCAAGUCCCUGGAAAGCGAGUUUUGUCCAGAAUCUGUCAGCUUGUCCUCCUGAUCAUAUUGAUGGUUACAGUGGUAAUUAAUGUCCUGUUUAUCUUGGACACUAGUCGAAAGCUUCAACAGGAAUCAGCAGAGUCAGAUGAUCCAGGAGGAAUAUCUGGUGCAGAAAAACGGUAUAACAGUUUGCGGCUUCAGGAAAGCUUACCAAAAACAUUAACAAUAGAAGUAGUUUCAAGCCAGUCCAAAGUUUCAGUGUCUGUAGAUGGUGCUACAAUUUUGGAAGAUGCUGAAGAUAAUAAAGGAAGAGGAAUACAUGUUCUGGUGCUUAAUCAAGCUACUGGUAGUGUUAUGGCACAACGAAUGUUUGAUACCUACUCUCCUCAUGAAGAUGAGGCUAUGUCUUUGUUUCUUAAUAUGGUUUCAGAUGGGAGAAUAAUCAUUUUUACAAUAAAGGAUGAAGGAACAUUUCAGAUGAAGCAACCAGCUAGAGACCUUAUGAAGAGAUUAGGUAGCAAGAAGUCGCAUGGAAUAGGUUGGAGAGACAUGUGGGCCAUGGUCACUCAGAAGGGUGGCAAAAUUUUUGGAGAAUCAUACAGUAAAAGUCCGGAGUUUAACAGCUGGGGUGCUCCAGUUCUACUAAGAGUGGAAGUUCCACUUGUUCCUGUUGAAGACAGUGAAUGUGAUUGGUCAGACACUGAAGAAAAUCAAAGGCGGCGAGCAUUUUGCAACCACAUAGAAGGAUAUGGCAGUGUAUGUAGCUGUACUGACCCUGCUCCAUUAACAUUCUCACCAGAACGUCUUCCGAACAAUCAAGUGUAUGAUGUGCCAGUUGCAAUCAUUGCAAGCAAUAGACCCCAUUACCUCUACAGGAUGCUACGUUCUCUACUCUCAGCUCAGGGUGCUAAUCCGGAAAUGGUUACAGUGUUUAUUGAUGGAUAUUUUGAGGUAAGUGUUGACUCUCCGGUUAUUUAUUUGCUCUUUCAGCACACGCCUAUAGGAUUAAAAAAUGCACGGAUAUCGCAACACUACAAGGCUAGCCUGACUGCUUCUUUUAAUUUGUUUCCAGAUGCCAAGUAUGCGAUAAUUAUUGAAGAGGACUUGGACGUUUCACCAGAUUUCUUUAGUUACUUCAGUCAAACAUUAAGAAUCUUAGAUGAAGAUGAGACAGUUUACUGUGUAUCUGCAUGGAAUGAUCAGGGAUAUGAGCAUACGAGUGAGGACCCAAGCCUUCUGUAUCGGGUAGAAACGAUGCCUGGUCUCGGGUGGAUCCUCAAGAGGAGCCUCUACAAAGAGGAACUUGAAUCUCGUUGGCCAACACCAGAAAAGCUGUGGGACUGGGAUAUGUGGAUGCGGCUCCCUGACAUCCGGAAGGGACGGGAAUGUGUCGUGCCCGAUGUAUCCAGGACAUAUCAUUUUGGCUCCUCAGGGCUCAACAUGAAUUCCUAUUUUCAAGAUGUGUAUUUUAAGAAACAUGCUUUUAAUACUCAACCUAGCAUAAAGAUGAAUGAUAUAAACAGUGUUAAGAAAGAUAAUUAUGAAGCACAAAUAGAAGAGUUAUUAAGGAAAGCAGUUGUAUUAGACCAUAGCAAAUCACCAUGUGAGGAGAAUUUUGUCCCAGAUACUAAGGGAGGCAUCUACGUGAUGUUUAUUAAAAUGAGCAGCCCAAGGGAUUUCACCACAUGGCUUCAAGUUGCAAAAUGUUUUAAAAUUUGGGACCUAGAUGCAAGAGGCUAUCAUAAAAGUAUGUGGAGGAUGUUUAUGAAAGGAAACCAGUUGUUGGUUGUUGGUGUGCCAAAUUCUUCUUACUCUGUUUUCAAGCCUUCUCAAGUCACGCCCAUUUACCUAGAAAGUCACAAAAUUGACAAGAACAGGAUACGAUAAUGAAACCUGUUUAGGCAGUACUCUGUGCCAGUACAGUUUUGAAACUCCUCAGCAGUAACAGAAUGUUAAAUCUCUCGGCAUACCAGGACUAUUAUAGGUUUAAAGAAAAUUUUUAUCACAUGAGAUCAGAAGACCACAGAAACAGUAUGUGCCCCUGGUUGUUUUUCUUUGUGCCGAAAUAUACCAUUUCUUCCUCCAAGUGUUGUUCUUGCCAAUGGACAGCUCCCGACACUGUUGUUGUUCGACAGCACUGCCGUCUAUUAGUGACAGCUGAUAAAAGUUGUGUGAGAAAGUCUUGGAGAAGAUUAUCAUACAGCAGCAGUUUGUGGUAGCCAAAAACAAGAAAACGUUUUUUUUUAUGCUGAAAAUCAACAUUUAUGUGCAGAACGUGUACAUUUUUGUUGUUUGAUGUGUACAUAUAAAUGUAGCAUGUAAUGUCUGUAAUUGCUCUAAGUGACUCUAACAACUAACUGAACAAAACGGCACUUGAAAGCGUGAGUAUUUCUAACUUGCAUUGUUAGAGAAACCUUGUAGGGUAUGAAAGUUAAGUUAAAAGUCAUCUAACUGUGUUUCUUUGAGCUACAUUAGCUUUAUGUACCCAUUCACUGUUUUCUGUACAUUUUCCUUACUCACUUAUCUAGUUGAGCUAUUUAUUGAGCUUUUAUUCCUUGGCAGUUAAACAUCAACAUUCACAUCAAAUGAGCAUUUUGGAAAAAAAUACAGCUGGAUUUCUUAAUCAUAAGGUUUUUACUAAUGUUUUAUCAUGGUGAGUCAAUAACUGUGAUCUACCAAAUAUUUUAACUUUUUUUUUUUUUUCCAGAGGUUAGAUGAGACAAUAUGAUUUUUAAUCCUUAGGUUUCUGAAUUCAAUCCUAAGCUAGUGUAUGUUUCAAUAUUUACUUUUGUUAAGUGUUACAUAACUACUUGUAAGUGUCUAGUGAGAUGCUUUUAGUUAACCCUUAAAUAGUCAGAUGUUUAGAUAAAAGUUUUUUAAUCUUAAGUUCUUUUGUACUGAUUCUUGUAUACACACUGACUUUCUGAUGUUCUUUUGUGUUUUUGUAAAUUUUAAUUAUCAGGUCUGUUAAGCCUAAAUUACUGUAUCUUCUUAUUUAUCAGCUACAUCUAAAUUAGCUACAAACAACAAAAAUAACUGAAGCUUUUCAAGUAUUUCUGGAACUUAUUUAUCAGAUCUUCUGAUGUACUAAUCCUAAACUAUCAGGUCUCUUAAUAUAUCUUUCAGCUUAAAUUAUCAGGUUUCCUAAUUUGUCUUUCAACCUAAAUUAUCAAGUCCCCUACUGUAUCUAUCAGCUUAAAUUAUCAGAUAUUUAUAAUAUGUCUGAAGUAUUUAAUUCUCUGAUUUAUGAUUUUGCCUAAGUAUGUUUUAGUAUUGUCUGUUAAACGUAAAUUAUCAUGUCUUUUAAUGACUGUGUAAAUUGAAAUUAUGUUUUUGAUAAAAACUAACUUGGAUUAUGAAGCAGCGAACAGCUGUUUUAUGCUCUUAGUUGUGUUGUAAGUGCUAAUCAUCAUGUUUUUCUAUGAUAGUCAGUGUAAAAAAAACAUCAAAUUAACUGAUUCUACUGAAGUGCUUAAACAUACCCUGCCUGAGGUGAGGAAUUUGGUGGUAAAAACCCUCAGCUGCCACUACCUAGUCCUUUACGUUUACUUAAAAGAAUGGCAAGUUAUGGAAUAAGCCACACGCAUAUCCUGAUGUUCCUUAUGUAAGAAAUAAUGUAUUUUCAUCCAGUACUUUUAUAUUGGAAAAAAGUUUUAUUGGAUACUUUGCACUUAGCACUAUCAAUCUCUUGAUUAGCUGGUACUUAGUAUCAUUCAUUGACUUGUAAUUAUAUGUUCAAGUAAAAAUUGGUUUUGUGAAGAAUCUCAACUUCUUUAUGUUUCAACUUAUCAGUUUUUAUUGUAACUUAUUACUUAUGUAUGCAUUAUAAUUUGUCCAGAAAGUCCUUAAAAUAUCAUAUUUUUUGUAAAAGUGAUUAUUAUAUUUUUCCAGUAUUGCUAACAGUACCAAUUAGUACCAAGGUCAGAAGCAAACUGAUAAAUCCUUUGAGACACAUUUGUUGCUGACCUCUGUAUGAGUACCACACACCUUUUUCUUUUCUUUUUUUUUUUUUGGGGGGGGGGUACAUGUCUUGGGAGAGUAAAGUUAUCUCACAAAUAGCAAUAAAAUCAUCUUAUUGCUUAAUUCAUAAAUUUAUUCAGAAUCUUGCUCUAUAUAAAAAAGCUUUGUGAUACAAAAACAUAUAAGUUGUAGCUAUAUUUUUUCAAAAAUGUUACUAACUUAUGAUAAUGUUUUAUCAGUAUUUCUGUAUUGAUACAUUUAGCCAGCGAUAAACAAAUCAAUCCACUACAGCUCCAUCAGCAUUUUCAAUUGUGGUCUGAAGACUGGUAGUCACCAGGCACUAAUUUUCAAAGCUACCAUGGAUUUUCAGGCUUGCCAAUUAUCAUGAAAUUACUCGGAUAACAAUGUCUGAAAAGUAAAGAACAGAAUGUUUAGAAUCAUGAUGACGGUUUGUAUGCACCUGAAAAUUCUAAUUUGUUCACCCCAGUCCAGGACAAAAUAAACAGUGUACCUACAGAUAGUUUCUGUACAUUUGUUCAUUGAUUCAGUUUAUUAUUACCAUAAGUUGAUAAGAUGUGCCACAUCAUAAGCCUUAUGUCUCCAAGAAGAAAAAUUAAUUAUUAACUGAG